CGAAGACUCUCGGCUGUAAACGGCCCUCUUUUAAAGUUCUUAGGGGGAGAAGAGUGGAGCGACCUGGACAAAGCAGGAGAUCAGGGGGCCAAGAUUUAACCUUAUACAUAAACACCCCCCUGUUUUCCGUAUCGGGAGGAUAGGCAUCGCCCAGAAGAAAAGGUGCGACGCAUUAAACCGAGGUCUCACUUCCCGAUAACGUCAGAAAAUUCAGAAAAUGGCGGAGCCGGACAAAUUAAACAUCGACUCUAUUAUUCAGCGUCUGUUGGAAGUCAAGGGCUCUCGGCCAGGGAAGAAUGUUCAGCUAACAGAGAACGAGAUCCGUGGCCUUUGCCUCAAGUCCAGGGAGAUCUUCCUGAGCCAGCCAAUCCUGCUUGAAUUAGAGGCCCCUUUAAAAAUAUGUGGUGAUGUGCAUGGUCAGUACUAUGAUCUGCUCCGACUUUUUGAAUAUGGAGGCUUCCCUCCAGAGAGCAACUACCUGUUUCUGGGUGACUAUGUAGACAGAGGGAAGCAGUCGCUGGAGACCAUCUGUCUGCUUCUAGCCUAUAAGAUCAAAUACCCCGAGAACUUCUUCCUGCUGCGCGGCAACCACGAGUGCGCCUCCAUUAAUCGAAUCUACGGCUUUUAUGAUGAGUGUAAGCGACGGUAUAACAUUAAGCUGUGGAAGACCUUUACAGACUGCUUCAACUGUUUACCUGUGGCUGCUAUUGUAGAUGAGAAGAUUUUCUGCUGUCAUGGAGGUCUCUCUCCAGAUCUUCAGUCGAUGGAGCAGAUCCGCAGAGUCAUGCGGCCCACAGAUGUGCCCGACCAGGGUCUGCUGUGUGACCUGCUGUGGGCCGAUCCAGACAAAGACGUGCUGGGCUGGGGGGAAAACGAUCGUGGGGUCUCCUUCACGUUCGGGGCAGAUGUAGUGGCCAAAUUUUUGCACAAACAUGACAUGGACCUAAUAUGCAGGGCACAUCAGGUGGUUGAGGACGGUUACGAGUUUUUUGCAAAGAGGCAACUCGUCACUCUUUUCUCAGCUCCCAACUACUGUGGAGAGUUUGACAACGCUGGCGCCAUGAUGAGCGUGGAUGAGACCCUCAUGUGUUCCUUCCAGAUUUUGAAGCCAGCGGAUAAGAAAUUGUAUCCUUAUGGCGGCGGCGGCGGAGGUGUGGGAUUGGGAAGACCCAUCACUCCUCCACGGAAUGCAGCCAAGUCUGCCAAGGCCAAGAAAUAACACCCGCUGACUCCUCUUCCUAUGAUUCACCACCUCUGUCGGCCCAACACCUUUAUUUUCUUCCUGUCUACCUCCCAAACUUGUUCCUUCGUUGGCACUGAACAGCAACAAAGACAACCAGGGUUCAGUCGGGUUUUUCCUGAAUGAAACACUUUUUAAACGUUUAUUUUGCUCUUUGUUGUAUUUCUCUGUGUGGAUAAGUGAGUAAAGAGUGAGAAUGAUCCAGAGGACGUUGCUGUAUUCACCGUGUACGUUUUUCCCUUUCAUGUCCUGUUUUCUUGUUCUUUUUCUGUAAAGAUGUUUGUGUUUUUUUGUUGUUUUUUUUGCCCAUUCAUCGUGUAAAUCAUUGGGUGGGGGGGGAGAAGAAGAGAGCGUUGGCUGUUUACUCUACGUCACGUUUAGGAGGUCUGUGUGGUGGGGGGAGUGGGUGGAGAUCUGGUUGCACCCUAUUAAGGUAACGGCACGCAGUUCACAGGUGGAUACAUGUGCAGGUGAAUGUCCAUCUGGGCUGGAUUCACUGGAUUUAUUUUCUUUUCUUCCAUUUUCAGAACCAAUCAUGUGAGACCACGAUCAUGUAUGCUCUAUAGAUGCUUUUUUUUUUGUUGCUCUUUUUGGCUUGUUUUUGUAGAUAACCGAGACCAGAAUGGUUUUUAUUUUAUUUUCUUCUUGUUUUUAGCUCACUCAAAGCUGAAGACGAAUAAAAGUACCCUUUAAUUUGAAGAACAUCAUUACGCUCAUUACUUAUUUGUCAGUUGUUGCUCUUCAUUUGUUGUGAAUUUGUCAGUCAGUAUGAAAUAACAAAUAUCAGUGAUUUUUGCUCCGAUUUCUAAACGGGUUUAGACCGUUUACAUGUGGCUUCAGUUUGACUCAAACAUGGAAUCGGAAAAAGCUGCAGGAAGAACAAAGUGGGUUUGAUGUUGCUUUUUUUAUUGAAAUGUUUGCUUAUUUUUGUAAUUACUGUUGUCAUCUGAGGUCUUCUUCUGAUCCAGAGCAUAAUCACCCAACGUAGAAAACAUCUUACAGAAACAAGCACAACUCCGCAUUGAACUGGGAACGAGACGUAUUCAUGAGUUAAAACCAACUAAAAUAAAUCCUGUUUUUCUUCUACGAUGGCUCCAGGCAGCCCUUUAAACCUUUCAGUGUGAGUGUGUAAUAUAUGAAAACCAUAACUGGAAUAAUAUAUUUAAGAUAAAUGUAUAGACUUAUAGCUUAAAGUUACAAGUGAAGCAAAACGCUUUAUUUUUAAGCAAACAUUAAAAACUUGUCUGUGCCAUGUUUAAAACAAAAAAAGGGUAAAUAUAGAGAAUGACCGAUUGCUUCUGACUGUGUUCCCAGUUUCAUGUGGCCUAAAUUUGGGAAAAGAGCCAUAAACAGAUUAAAAUUUUCAUUCAAAUCAACCGUGACCCCUCGACCCUGAGAUGAAACUUCUAAAAUUCAGCUUUUAUUUUGUUUGUUUUUUCACUUUUGAAUAUUUACGUUUAUUUGACCAUGCUGGGUGUUCGGUUAAAAUAAUAAGCAGGAUGCUGUAGCGGUUAAAUAAUCAUUUCUGUGGAGCUUCAGGGUAAUCUCACAGCCCACUUCCACCAGCCGGAACAUACUUUCUGCUGCUGUUUCCAGUUUUAUCUUCUGUCGGUCCUUCGUCAUCAACCCUCUGUUCAGAUAGAAAACCUGCAGCUCUCUGUAACCACUGAACACCAGUCAGACUGACGGCAGGGAAAUGAGGAUUGAGGAUAAAGAAACGGGACUUAAAAUAUAAAUUUUUUUAAAAUGCUUAAUUUUUUUAUUUCCUAUUUUAGUUUCUUUGAACAUUCUGCAUUGUUUUCUGGCUGACUUGACAUAACAACCCCUUGUUUUGUGCCUGAGAGGUCUGGUGGAAACCAGCAGACUUCGCUUUGUGCACAUGUUCAAUUUGCAUCUAAGACUCAGGAAGUGAAAUUUAAUUAAUAUACAGGGCAGCCAAAUCUACAUAAUUAACAUGCAUGCAUGAACGGAAGUACUGCAGGAAAACUGGUCCAAAGUGACCAUGUUUAAACAAUUUGACCACAGAAUGAGUAACAUUCAGUGCUCUGUUGUGUAGAAACUCAUUUAUUCUGAUCUAUAAUGUUUCUCUUGUGUAAAUGAAAGGUGGAUGACAAUUAUUCCUGCAGGUUUUGGUGUGAAGUUUGAAGAUUACUGCAAGAGUGCUCCGAUGUAAGGGUUAUCAGUUUUAGAUUAACAAUACCAAACAUUUUUAUGAAACCUGCAGAACUUCACGUCCACUUUCAUAGCUGUACAAACCGCGGCUUCAUACAUUUUCACCUUACCUUUCUGUUUAUGCUACUACCAAUAAUCUGCUCCAGAAUAUUUUUUUUUUUGAAUAGAUACUCUUCUGUAACAUUUAAGCUUAGAUAACAAAAGCUUAUUGGUGUAGGAGCUUUUUAAUCAAUCAGGGAUGUUUUUGCGCCAUGCACUGUUGCUAGGUAGUUUUAGAUUCAUUACAUUACAAUUAUUCUAAUUAGGAUUAAAUAAGAAAAUGACUUGACAGUAUUUUUAUUUGUAUAUCUUUUUGUUUUCAUCUGUUUCAAGGUAGAAAUAAAUAUUGAAUUUGUA